AUGAGCAGGCGGGCAGCCCGACUCCAGCCCAGCCACUCAAACCAUCUCCGUCGACGGCGCAACAGACCUCAUACUAACCCUAAUGACAUCCCCAGACCCCGAGUCCGUAGCAUUCCACAGCAGGUCGUACUCCCCGUCCGAAUCGCCACGCCUCCUCACCGAGAACAACGACGUGACUUCGCCCUCGGCAUCUUCCACGAGGAGCGAAUGCCCGUACCACCUGAAUCUGUCCGUGACGUACUCGUCGGAGUCGGAGGCCGUGCUGUUCACGAAGCUGAGUUCGUGCGAGCUGGAGGCCGGUCCGGGAAUUGCCAGGAUCGCGUCCGAGAAGGGAGGAUCUGCGGAUGGUUCCUUGGGGUUGCCGACGAGGCGGCCGUUGGAUGUUGUGACUGUUCAAACGGGACGAUUAGUGAGGGAUCCAAGGUUGUCGAUGGAGGGAUACGCGGAUACAUGAUCGGACUUGCCAUCAGCGUAGUGGAGAGGGAGGCCACCGAUGCCAUCGCCGGGAACCGUGGUGACGAGCUUCAUGUUGGCUUUGCGUUCGAUAAACUUAGAAGGAAAGCUUUAACAGAGUGGGAUACGCUCGAGCCUCCACUUGCAGCUGCAACAUCCACUCCCCCCAAAUCCAACCACACCAUCUGCAAAGGCAACACCGCAACCACCCGGCAACAAUGGUGCACCUACGACAUCAACACCGACUACACAACAAUCGUCCCAGACACCGGCAAAACCCGCGAAUACUACUUCAACCUCGAGCAAAUCACCGCCGCCCCGGACGGCCGCGAGCGGUUCGCACUGGCCAUCAACGGGUCAAUCCCGGGCCCAACCAUCGAAGCAAACUGGGGCGACACCGUGAUCGUGCAUGUGACAAACAGUCUGCCGGACAGCCUCAAGAACGGAACGAGCAUCCACUUCCACGGGAUACGGCAGUACAAUACGAAUCCCAUGGAUGGCGUCGUGUCCAUCACGCAGUGCCCGACUGCGCCGGGGAGCACAAUUACCUACAAGUGGCGCGCGAUGCAGUAUGGCUCGUCGUGGUAUCAUAGCCAUAUUGGCGUCCAGACGUGGGAGGGCCUGUUUGGGGGGAUUGUGAUCCAUGGGCCUGCGAGUCAGAAUUACGACGAGGACUUGGGCGUGAUGUUUCUGAAUGACUGGGAUAUCAGCACCGUGGACGAACUGCAUGAGGAGGCGCAGACGGUUGGGCCGCCGACGCUGGAUAAUGGGCUCAUCAACGGGACGAAUGUGUUUGGGGCUGACGGGGAUGCAAAUCAGACUGGGUGGAGAUGGAAUACGACGUUCGUUGAGGGCACGAGUUAUCGACUUCGGCUGGUGAAUGCCGCGAUCGACACGCACUUCAAGUUCAUGGUUGAUAACCAUACGCUCACCGUUAUUGCGAAUGACCUUGUGCCGAUUCAGCCGUAUGAGACGACGGUGUUGGAUAUCGCCAUAGCCCAACGCUACGACAUCAUCAUCACCGCCAACCAAGCCUCCGUGUCAGAAAGCUUCUGGCUCCGCGCGAUCCCCCAAGAAGCCUGCGCCGAGAACGAAUCCGCCACCAACAUCAAAGGCAUAAUCUACUACGGCAACAGCACCUCGCCCCCAAACACAACAGGCCACGCCUACACUGACUCCUGCGACGACGAAGACCCAUCAAACCUCACGCCCAUCGUCAACCCGCUCAGCGCCUCAGCCAGCCCCUUCUACACGGUCCCCGAGCCCGUAACCCUCGCCCGGAACGCGCAGAACCAGUUCCGGUGGUUCCUAAACGGCACGUCCAUGCGCGUGGACUGGGCGGACCCCAGCCUGCUGGGGAUCUACGGGAACCAGACGCUGUCGACAUUCGCCAACACAUCGGGGAUCGUGGACCUGCCGAGCGCGAACGAGUGGGUGUACGUGGUGAUCGAGACCGUGCUGCCGAUCCCGCACCCGAUCCAUCUGCACGGGCACGACUUCGUGAUCAUCGCGCAGGGGGCGGGUGCGUAUAACAGUUCUGCGGAGAAUCUGAUUGAUACGCUGGGGGUCGCGAAUCUGCCGCGGCGGGAUACGGCCAUGCUCAAGGAGGCCGGACACCUGGUUAUUGCGUUCCACACGGAUAAUCCGGGGGCGUGGCUGAUGCAUUGCCAUAUUGGGUGGCAUGCGAGCGAGGGGUUUGCGAUGCAGUUUGUGGAGCGGUAUGGUGAGAUUCAGGAGCUGCUGGAGGAGGGCGGGUAUGCGGAGGGGUUGCUGGGGAAUUGUGAGAGUUGGGAGAGCUAUCAGGAGGGGAAUAUGGUUGUUCAGGAAGACUCGGGGGUGUAG